AUGACUAAGAAACGAAGGAAUGCUGGACGUGCCAAGAAGGGCCGUGGCCAUGUCCAGCCUAUCAGAUGCACAAACUGCGCUCGCUGCAUCCCCAAAGACAAAGCCAUUAAGAAGUUUGUCAUCCGCAACAUCGUGGAGGCUGCUGCAGUUCGAGAUAUUUCAGACGCCAGUGUUUUUGAUGCAUAUGUGCUGCCCAAGCUCUAUGUGAAAUUGCAUUACUGUGUCAGCUGUGCCAUCCACAGUAAAGUGGUAAGAAAUCGUUCACGAGAGGCCAGGAAGGACCGAAGUCCCCCUCUACGUUUCAGACCAGGCGCCAACAUCCCAAGGGUACUCCCACCCAAACCUAUGUAA